CUGAGGAAGAGUGUGGCGUCUCCAGGUCUAUCUUCCCAGCAAUCAGAUAUAGAGCUCUUGACUAUGUUUGUGAGGCCUCUACCAGGCAGAAGUUGACGAUGCACCUGUUCGCCCUCCCAAUGCCCUACAACCUAGACAACAGUGACCUUUACCCCCACACUGGAAACCUCCCUGAGGUGACCUUCAGGAAACCGUGGAUUAGAGGGAAUGUAAUAUCAACCUGCAAACUGUCGGUCAGUGGAUCGGUGCUUGCUGACUUGGGAAUUAAUUGUCGACAAGCAAACUCAUUGGAAAAUCUGAAUGUGAAGGUGACCCAGGCAAAGGGGGCUGCUGUGGAUGUGAUACCGAGCUCCAAUCCCAACUCCCAGGUGCUGGACAGAGAUGUGGCCUACUGGCUCCUACGAGAGGCUACAGAACAGGGGGUUUCUGUCUGUCGUGAAGUCUUCAGCAAGAGCACAGAAGUGCUAAAGGGCCAGAGACUAAUCAACGAGGAUCUCCUCGUACCAGAAGAAGUUCUGUUUGUCGAUUGCUUGCCCCAGUUCAGGAUGCACCUGCCCACGCUGAGGGCCAAACUAGCCAGGCUCCGGACCCUCCCUGUGUCUGACCCUCUGCUCAGCCCCACAGGGGGCUGCCUCUCGGAGGACUCGAUGCUCCGGCAUUGUGCAAGUUAUGAGGUACCUCGUGAUGAAGAACCAGAGAGCACAGAGACAUUUUAUACCACUGAGGAAAUAUUCAGUAAAGAAAUAGCGUCGAUCAAAGAGUCUCUGCUGCUGCCUGUCGAGAUGGACCUCUGUACGUUCAAGACCGAAUAUGGCAUUUAUUUUCCAAACCCCCGCGAUGUACUGAAUGUUACUCAGGAGUUGAUGGAUGAUCGUAUCUCGUGGUUGGAUCUACAGUGUGCAGAUACGCAUCCGUCUGUGGAUCUAUCUCAGUUUGAAGUGCCAAACAGGCCGGACACUUCCUGUCCCUAUACACCCGAUCUCAGGUCACCAGGCUAUCUGAUGCUUCCUACGGAGUUAGAGAUGGACCUGCCUCUGACCCCAACUCCUAAGAUCAGCCUAUCCCAGAUGUGUCUGUCUCCUGCCAAGAUCCCGGCUGAGCAACUGUCUCCCGUCUAUAGGAAUUGUUUCGUGUCCGAGAGAGAGCAGGAGGCGAUGGAGAAGACUCUGUGGAUGGCAGAGAGACACACACAACUAGUUCUGGGUUUCCUGUUAACAGAACCUGUGUUGUCUGGACCUACCGUCCGCUUCCAGCCCCUGACACAGGCCUUGACACUGGUUACCACUGGCCAGUCGAGCUCUGUUGACAUGGAAACGGAUCCACCAGCACUGUCCGAAGGGCUGACUGGUUGCCAUGACUUCACGGAGAGCAUGAGCUCUGAGCCUGCUUGUGUUAUUGGUGCUUUGAGGGAUGAGAUGGAGGAUUUCACACCUUUGUCCCCCAGCCAAAUGGACUAUAUCCUGAAUGAGUCUAUUGACUAUUCCGCUCGUUCCGGGACAUCCAGCAAGGUCAAAGCCAAGUCCAUGGCGAAGACUCCGCCUCCUCUAACACCACAGCCUCACCAGGGGAGCCAAUCAGCUGCAGGCGGGAUCGCAGGAGGACGGGCCAUCUCCUCCAGCGACAACGAUAUGAACAAGGCUGUGUCUGAUUUCACUGCGCUCGUCUCCAAUGACAAAGCCAGUUCUGCAAAUACAGCUGGGAGUUCAGUCUGUGUUGGCCCUGCCUCCCAGGAGAAAUCCAACCAGCUAAUCAGACCUGGGAGAAGGGAUAACAUCCAGCCGAUUCAGGGUGCCAAAUCCCCCCGACUCACCCCCACCUGUAGGCUCACCCCCACCCCCACCCCUAGGCUCAUCCCGACCCCCACCCCCAGGCCCUGUGUGGGAGACCUCCACAGGAGUGUUCCUCGGACUGACCCUUCUGAGGGCCUGGACCCCCUGUCCAGCUUCAUGAUGCUCAGGUCCCUACAGAGAGCCCACGUCCCUGUGGUGCCUCCGAGCUGCUCCAGCCCCCCAGUUCCCAAGGCGAGCCAAACACCACAGCCACCUGUGAUGCAACAGAGGGUGAGCCCAGAUGCCAAGCCAGCCUAUGAGAGACCCGCAGUCACAGGAAGUGAAAUCAGAGUCCAGGAAACGACCAAUAAGAUAGCUGUCCCCGAUGACAGACACGACAGCAGAGUGAUCGAGGUUCAAGCCACAGAGAGCCAGUGGCGUGCGUUCAGCGAGCUGAGGACUCUGGCCCGAGUGUGCCUGUCCAGGGCUGGGGACCUGGGCCUCAACACAGCAGCCUUCCAGGACUUCCUCAGCCUGGCUCCGGACCACUCCCGCUUCCUCCUCAAGCAGCAGGAGAUGGAGCUCAGCCUGGGGCAGGACCACGACCGGGAGGAGAUGUAUAACCAGGCGGCUGUGAUCCAUGUCCUGGUGACGGUGAAGGAGCUGCUGCUUAAGUGUGACCUCGACACUGCUGUGGACUUCCUGUCCAGGGCCAGUGAGGCGUGUGUGGGCCAGGACCAGGGCCAGGGUCUGGGGCAGCUGGGCCGGAGGCUGCAGGUUCUCAUGUUCCUCAGCCAGAGGAACCAGGAACCUAACCCCAAGAUCCUGGAGAUGCAGGAGCACAUAACCGCCUGGUUACAGAACGGAAAGAGCCACAACCAGGCGUCCAAAGUUCUGGUUAUUGUAACAUCAGGGUCAGACUUUACUAAAGCCAUGAUCAUCGAAGGCCUAACCCAAGCCACAGGUCAGAGUGUAUCUGCCUUGUGUCCCGAGGAGGGCAGGAAGAAGCUGGAGAAAGACAGAGUCUUGAACAGCCUGCGCGGCAGCAUGUGUGUGGUGGUGUGCGGCCAGCACGUGGGUGCAGACUUCCCCUGGCAGAGCUUGUCUCUGGUGGUGGAGUACGACCACGCGGCCCCCACCCCCUGGGCGUCUGUCUGCCGCCAGAGGAACAUCUGCUACCUGACCUUCCGCACCAGCCUCCACAACACCAAUGCUGAUCCAGAGUCUUGGUCGCUGGAACAGAAGGUUCCCCAUACGGUGUUUGUGACAGAAGGCCUGCUGAACUGUCCCCUCCUCCUGCACCUGCUGGAGUCCACGUACAACAUGACCGUGCUGGAGAGGAGCCACUCCCAGUCGUUAGAGAGACUAGGAGGGACUCACCACUACGCAGUGGUCACUGUGGAUGAGAACACUGCCGUUGUCAUCCAGGAGCAGGAUGAGUUGUGUGGAGGGCGGGCCUGUGAGGGUGUGGUGUUGAGACUGACUGCUCUGUCUCUGCAGUACAGCUGCUGCUGGCUCCUAGUCCACUGUCCAGACAGCCAGGGAGGAGGGUUGACUAGUGAGGGCUUCAACAACCUAGUUUGGAUUUACUCCUCUCUGGUCCUGUUUGGCCUGAAGUCUGAAGAUCUGGAUGUUAAGGUCCUGAUCGUGCCAGAGAUGGAGGAUAUAGCCAGGUGGAUCUGCCAGAUAGCCUUCCUCACCCUGAUGUCCAGUAAAACGGACCCCUUUACCUACCUCAGUAGAGAAUGGCUGUCUGUGAUGCCCUCAGAGGAAGAGAAGUGUCUCCUGGCCUUCCCCUGUGUGAACCCCAUGGUGGGCCAGAUGAUGCUGAGCAGGGCCCCGUCCCUCCAGUGGCUCCUGGGGGCCCCUCUGCCCCAGCUACAGGAGCUGCUGCCUGAAGUCCCUCUCAAAGUCAUCAAGCUGUUCAGCGAAACCACAUCGCUGUACAAGCCGACCACCACCCCCUCCCCUCCAGAGUCUCGCCUCAACGUUCCUCAGACAGCACCCGGUACCCCCAACCCCCCCUGGAUAACCAGAGACCACCACCAGUCCCAACACCACCAGCCCCACCACCACCCACGAGCCCACCCUGGAUCCCUGGACUGCUUCCUCCCCAGCUCCCCCUGUGAUGGGAGCGUAGCAGGAGGGUUCCACCUGCACGACCCUGUCUCAACCACUGACGACCAUGCAGGUUUCCAGGUGGACUUGAGCCACCCCUUCGGCUCUGAGAGUUCCAGCGUCUGGCAGAGUUGGAGGAACGACAACCCCUGGGGGGAGGAGGAGGAGGAGGAGAAGAGCGACGGGGGGAGGACUCUGGGAGGAGGAAGAGAAGGAGAACACAACUGGAGGGGCGGACAACCUCCACACCAUGAGGUCUACGGAUCCCAGAGAGAACCAGCCCUCCCAGGCACCGCGAGCAACCCCUUCCAGCACGCCUCCUCCGGCUUCAGGCUUCAGGAGCCAGCCUGCUCCACCAGUCCCAGCUUCUCUUUCCCCCACGGCCACAGCGAGCACCAGCACCCAGGGAGCAGCCACUACCUCCCCAUGACCUCCCCCAGGAGGGCCAGGCCGUGGGCAGGCGCCGGGGAGAGUCCCUCCUACGUUGGUGGUCAGCGGCGAGGUGGCCUGGUGGGAUCCCCCGGAUACGGGAAUCAUUUCAGGACGGGCCAGGAGAGGAAGAGGAUGGCGGCCGGAGGAGGGAUGUUCAGUUCAGCGUUGACGCCCGUGAAGCGAGGCAAGCUCAGCUAUGAGAAGGUUCCGGGACGAAGCGAUGGCCAAACCAGACUGAGGUUUUUCUAGAUGGGACAUUACCACAGACAGGAGCAGAUUCAUGUAAAUGGGGUUCUUUAUUUAAACUAUUUAACCACACAUUGUUUUGUAAACAAAUAAUACAACAAGCUAUUUCAGGUUAAAUUAAGCUACUAUGCUCUCUAAGUGUGGUAGUUAUUGAUUGUA